CUCCUACCCUUCCCAGUGCCCCCGGCUCAUUCGUCAGUCCCCACCCCACUCUAGGCCGGCGGCUCCUGAAACUCGUACCCACCGUUCCGAGGGGCCCUGGGCUGUGGGUGCUGUGUCUGAAUCCUUGGGUGGGGGUUCCUGGACUUUGGGGCUCUUGGAGAGACUUCCGGGCUGGUCCUGAGGGAGGGCGGGUGGUUAUUUAAAGGAAGAACAGGUAAGGGGAGUGCCCGCUCCUGGCGUGCCACCCCACCGGUCUCCCCCCGGCCGCCCGCCCCGCCGCUCCUGCUCAUGGUGGCUAGAAAUGUUCCUUAGCUCUAGGCUCCUGUGAGCUCUGCUUCCCUCGUGGAGUGGCAGGCUGAUUUCAAGUGAAGGCAGAGUGGGGUGAAGGUUGUAGGGUCCUAGGGCCAUUUCUACUUCUGGUAGCAGUACCCCCCCAAGUGGACAUCCUGGCUGAAAGCAGAGCCGUGUUGCCGCCCGCUGUGCUAUGAGCAGUCAGAGCGCCGUCUCCACAAGAGUUUACAAAUGAAAAUGGAGGAAAUGUCUUUGUCUGGCCUGGAUAACAGCAAACUAGAGGCCAUCGCUCAGGAGAUAUAUGCGGACCUGGUCGAGGAUUCUUGUUUGGGAUUCUGCUUUGAGGUACACCGGGCUGUCAAGUGUGGCUACUUCUUCCUGGACGACACGGACCCUGAUAGCAUGAAGGAUUUUGAGAUCGUGGACCAGCCGGGGUUGGACAUCUUUGGACAGGUUUUCAACCAGUGGAAGAGCAAGGAGUGUGUUUGCCCCAAUUGCAGUCGCAGCAUUGCCGCCUCCCGCUUUGCUCCCCACCUGGAGAAGUGCCUGGGAAUGGGUCGGAACAGCAGCCGAAUCGCCAACCGCCGGAUUGCCAAUAGCAACAAUAUGAAUAAGUCUGAGAGUGACCAAGAGGAUAAUGAUGACAUCAAUGACAACGACUGGUCCUAUGGCUCAGAAAAGAAAGCCAAGAAGAGGAAAUCAGACAAGCUAUGGUAUCUCCCAUUCCAGAACCCCAAUUCCCCUCGAAGAUCCAAGUCUUUAAAACACAAAAAUGGGGAACUUAGCAAUUCGGAUCCUUUUAAGUAUAACAAUUCAACUGGGAUCAGCUAUGAGACCCUGGGGCCAGAGGAGCUUCGCAGCCUGCUAACCACGCAAUGUGGGGUGAUUUCUGAACACACCAAGAAGAUGUGCACAAGGUCCCUACGCUGCCCACAGCACACAGAUGAGCAGAGGCGAACUGUGCGGAUUUAUUUCCUCGGGCCCUCGGCCGUCCUUCCAGAGGUCGAGAGCUCCCUGGAUAAUGACAGCUUUGACAUGACUGACAGCCAGGCCCUGAUCAGCCGGCUUCAGUGGGAUGGCUCCUCUGACCUCUCACCCUCUGAUUCAGGCUCCUCCAAGACGAGUGAAAAUCAGGGAUGGGGUCUAGGUACCAACAGCUCUGAGUCACGGAAAACCAAGAAAAAGAAAUCCCAUCUGAGCCUGGUAGGGACUGCCUCCGGCCUAGGUUCCAACAAGAAGAAGAAGCCAAAGCCACCGGCACCCCCGACGCCCAGCAUCUAUGAUGACAUCAACUGACUUGGGUGCAAGGGAUAGCCUUUGGCUGAGCAGAGCCCUCUCUCCUGACCCCCACCCAGGUGGCAUAGCCUGGCAAAUGGACGGCUGCUGGGGGUUGGGGCUUGGGAAGCUUGGUGGGCCAGGCAGGCAGAGGAUCCGAUUAUGCGCCCCUGGGGGGUGUCAAAGUCCUCUGCAAUGGAGCACGACUCCUCGGCGUGCAGGACUCAGACCUGGACAUAUUAUGCCUUGGACAUAAGUUUGGUGGGGAGGCGGUUUUCCUAUUUAUUCUGUGAGUUACUGGAUGUCCAGCUAGGCCAGGGGCCUGACCUGGGCGCUGUGCCAGGGCACUGCCUGCCCCCCCACCCCAGGAACUGGACUAAGCCCUGCUGAAGGGCAGUGUGGCGACCCGGGAGGCUGUGGGUUGGAAGCUGAGCCUGGAGGGGGCCUGCCUUGGCCGCCCUCAGCAAUGUGAAUGGGUCCGGUGCUUGGAGCUGAGGGGCAAGGCUGGGCAUGUCCUGUCUGUGUGCAGAAUCCUAUCAAAUGCCCCCAGUCCCAGGGGUAGGCAGGCACAGAGUGCUGUCUGCUGAGGUGGGCGUCCAGAACUGCCGCCACCUUCCCUGCCCUCACAGGGGCAGCCCUUUCCCCUCAGUCCCCAUGGGCCUCCUUGGCAGCAGGAGCUGUCCUUUUGUUGUUGGGUGCCAGGAAAGGGCCUCCAGCCUCUACAGCUUCAAGGAAUGGGAAAGGGAGGGUAGGAAGAGGGAGAAGUGUCAGAAUUCCUCCCCCUGUCUCUCCUCCCUGACCCAGGGCUGGUGAGGAGUGGGGCCCCAAGGUGAGAGGGAACGGUGCUGCUUUAUUUGAAAUGUUUUCUUACCUCAUUCCCUGCCCCAGGAAGGGACCCAGCCUCACCCUCCUGGGGUGGCCCCGUGUUCCUCCUGCCCAUCCUGCCCCACUGCCCUACCAGGGCAGCCCAGGUUCCCAACUGCUGCUUCCACCCCCUUCACCUUGACUGGCUUCAGUUUCUCUCAGCGCUCCUGCCUCCAAAGCCUGCCCUGUUUCCCUUCCUUAGCGCUUUUAAGUUAUUUAUUCUGUACUUGUGGUUUGGGGCUCUGAGGAAAAUCCUAAUCUCAUGCCUCUCCCCCUUUGCUAGGAGUCGGGUGGGAAGAGAGGGUGGCCUCUGUGCUCCGGGUUGUCAGUGGAGGGGAAGGGGUGUCAUUGCCCCUCUCUGGGACUGUCAUGCCAGUGUGCCCACCUGCCUGGUCUACAUCCUGAAGAGAUGUACCGUCCCCCCUCCAUGCGGGCACCACCACUCCCAGGAGCCAAGCUGGAGGACCGCGACCUGGGCUGGGAGCAGAGCUGACUGACACGGGUGGAGGUGACCCUGAGCCAAGUUCUCUGGCACUUCCUGGACAUGUCCCCUGCCCUCUUCCCAAGAGGAGCCAUCCCACAUUUGGGUAGCUAGUACCCAGGACUGGUUGGACUGAUCGGGUUAGGGACCCUAGAGGGUUAAGGGAACAACAGAGAUGGGGCUGCAAUGCCCUGUCUGGAACUCCGCUCUCCCCCUGGGGUGGUUCUGAUUGUGGCUCAUGCCUGGUUGCAAAUUGGUUUUUAACCCACAAAUUGUGAUUAUUUUUUAAAAAGCCAAACAGAUUUUGGCAGGAGUUAGAAUAAAUCCUGGGGCCUGGGCUCCUCCGUUCUUGGCCCUCCGUAGCCUUCUCCCUCCGAGGGGAGGCCGGAGGGAGGAGGAUCUCAGCAGGCCUCCAGCCGCUUCCAGAUGCAGUCUGGGGAGUGGGCUGAAGGUGAAGGGAGGAAGGCUGUGGGCCACUCUCCCUUCUGAGAGGCAGCUGCAGCUCAGGCCCUAAUACACUCUUUGCCCUGUGGCUUCUCCCUUUUUCCCCCUUCUGGUUGGAGGAGGGAGAAGUGGGAAGUAGUUUGGGAACUGGUUUGUCCACAUAAACUUCCCCAUUGUUCCUUGGCCCGCCCUCAGGGCAGAGCCCCCUGCCCAGGCUGGGUAAGAGAUGGGCUUGGUCCAGCAGGGACCCUGAGGGAACAAACCCUUUUCCUUCUGGGGAGAGAGUGCCCCCCUACCAUGUAGUUGAACAGGGGCUAGGAGCUCCCCACUCCCCUCCCUUUAACAGCAGGCUGUGUGGGUUUCAAUUCCCAUCCUUCCCACCCCGGCUAGGUGUCGUCCGCCCUGUAUCCUAUCAUGUGUCUGAGUGUGUGUGGGGGGGUUCUGUACUAAUUUCCAUGGCCGGUGGCUUUUCCUUCCAUGCAUCACUCCCCCCCGCAUGCCCAGGGGCCACCCGCCUGGCAUUACCGCAUGCUGGGGUCAUUGGGGGAGGGGGGUGGGGCUCACGCUGUCCUGUGGUCUUGAGAUUUUUAUUUUUGCAUAUGUAAUCCAUUCUGUACAGGUAGCUAACUUUGUAAACGCUGUGUAUUCCCUCUGCCCCCAUGGCUGCUGGUGUAAAUAAACUGCAUCUCCCGUUGGUA